AUGUCAAAUGGUGUAGACAAAUGGAGGUGGAACUUAGACGGAUCUGAUUCAUUUAAAGUAGCAAGCAUGAAGAGAAUGUUAAGUGAAUUCAACCGGGAGCGGCCUGAAAAUGUAUUUGAAUGGUGUAACUGGGUUCCGAAAAAAGUUGGCUUGGUAGCGUGGAGGGCAGAAAAGGAACGGCUGCCGACUGGAUGCGCUCUGGCAGAUCGUAACAUCCCGGUGCAAGACCGUACGUGUAUUAUGUGCGGGGAUUAUAACGAAACCAGUGAGCAUAUUUUUGUUUCAUGUCAAGUGGCACAGGUUAUAUGGCAAAAUGUAGCGUUAUGGUGUUCGAUCCCCCCGGUUAUUGCUUUUGAUUUAAAGGAUAUUCUCUCUAUCCAUGAGUAUUGCUCGAACUCUGCUACGAAGAAAAAGGCGGUAUAUGCGGUAAUAUUAAUAACAAUUUGGAGCAUCUGGAAGUCAAGAAAUGAAGCCGUGUUUCAACAUAAACCGCCGAAUACAACUAAAAUCUUGGACGAAAUCAAAGCGGUGGCGUAUCUCUGGGUGAAGAAUCGAGCUAAGAUGGUGUCUCUUACAUGGGAAGAUUGGAACAGAUUUAAAAUUGGUGGCUAA